ACGAGGCCUUGAACCCAUUUUAUGGACUCGCUUCUUACCGAGCCACCAUAAAAUAUUAAAAUUCAGACCUUAUAAAUAAGGAAGGGAAAGAGCUGUACAUUUCUUAGCAGAAACGGCCUCUCCGGAGACUCUUCCCAAGACCCCAGCUGGGCUCCUCCGAGAUGGCACCGAGACGCAGCCUCGCCGUGCCCUGCCAAGUGCCUGUCCUUGCUGUUUGCCUUUUGGCGUGUGUGGCCACAGGUUUGGAACUGUCUAUAAAUAACCACGCUGCUGACUUCUCCCUGACUACAAUGACCGGCCCUUCCGUCUCCCUCUCCUGCCUGGUGCAGAACAGCAGCCAGGAUGAGGAGCUGCUCUGGUACCGAGGAGAUGGGCAAGUGGAUCUGAAAGAUGGGAACAGAGUGAACAUCAGUCACAUCUGCGUGUCCCCAGUCACUGAGUCCGACAACGGAGUCGCCUUCACGUGCAGGCUGGCACGGGACAAGUCCAUCCGGGUGUCCGUGACCCUGGAUGUCCAGUUUCCUCCCCAGCUGACUGGAGAAGAGUCCCUCCACAUUGAAGAAGAGAAAGAUGUCACUAUGUCCUGCAAUGCCAAAUCCAACCCUCAAGGCCAAACAGCUUGGUCAAAGAACAAUGUCUCCCUGACCCUAGAGCAAGGCCGUUACCAGCUGUACCAGACCAGCGAGGUCACUCAGCUCUCUAUCACAAAAGUACAGAAGUCUGACAACGGGACCUACACCUGCGUGGUGAAAUCUGCUCUGGGAGAGGGGAGAAAGGAUUUCCACCUGAUCGUUGAAGAUAAAGCCCCUGUUUUUCCCAAGGAGGCUGUUAUUGCUGCUGUUGUGGUGGUUACAGUCACGGUGCUUUUUGGAAUUGUGGCUCGAAAAGAUAAGAUUUUUAAGUGCUUCAAAAAAUCGAGUGAAACAGCACUGUAAAGACCACAGAAAACAUCAUUUCAUACCCAGAAAACAUCAUUUCCAGUGAUGGAACACAAGCCCUCGUGUGAGAUGAUGAGAUAAAGCACUGA